CUUUGCCCUCUAUACAUGCAUUCAGACGUUUAUCUUAGGCUUCAUUGUUUCGAUUCUACAAUAAUUUAGAGGUUUUGAAGAUUCGUGUUUGAUAUGCCAGCAAAUAGAAACCUUACAUUAGAUCUUAAAUCAGAAAAGGGUAUCAGAAUGGCAGCUCUUAUUGGAAAAUGGAAAAAGGAAACAACUGAUAACCUUGGUCCCUUAAUGGAUAAAAUGGGAAUAAGUGAUCAGGCAAAGCAGAUGAUAUCCAACAGUAAUCCAACAGUAGAGAUCAGUCAAAAUGGUGAUACCUGGAACUUUAUUACAACUAUUGGUGACAAAAACAGAGAUAUCAAAUUCAAGCUUGGUGAAGAGUUUGAAAAUAAUGCCCUUAAUGGUGAAACUGUCAAGUCCGUUAUAACUUUAGAAGGAGAUUCAAUGGUAGAAAAGUUUGAUUGGAGAGGUAAAACCGUGACAAUUACACGAAAAGUUGUUGAUGGAAAAUUGGUAUCAACAAUGUCGACAGACGGUGUUACGGCUGUAUUUACAUUGGUUCGAAACUGUUGAAAAUAUUUGUUUAAACAUCUUAUUAUUUAAUUUUUUGUUGUAGAAUGGCAUGGUUGUUUGUAUGAUAACACUCUAAUCCUCGGCAUGGUUAUAGCUUUCAUUUCAGUGCUGCAUAUUGUACUAUUUAGUUGCAUCUCGUUUAGUUUCUUUCCCUAAAAAAUUAAAACAACGAAUGACUCGUUGACUUUUAGCGAGGAUGUCCUCUACCCCUUUAUGACUCCAUGCGUAGAUCAACCAAUUUUUAACAGAUUUUUUCAAGCUCCUACCCUCUGACUAAUAGCUAACAAUAAUAUAAACUCUCAAUCGAAAUAAUUUGACUACGCGACCGCACGAUCAGCUACAAUUCUGUACAUGUUUCCUGAUAAAACAUUCAUUAUGCAUGAAUGCUUAAUUGCAUGACGGUUUGUGCAAUCCAAUAACAUUAUCCAUGCCUAACAAAAUACUAAUUUUAUGUUUCAGUUGCCUAAAAUUCGUUUACACUAAGUUUAAAUAAUAUACCAAGUUUAACUUAGCUUUCGGAGAUCAUCUCGACCGUUUAAUACCAGUGGUUUUUUCUUUUCGGAUAGAGGUUCUUAUUUAAGAGCCGAUAUCAAUUUGCGCAUUCUGAAACCUGAAAUUAUGCUACAUUUAAGCUUCAACAAAAGCAUGGCGUUCUAUGGGUAGCCAUAAUGACAUCCAAUCAAAGAAAUCACACAGGAAUUUGUGUGAAUAACGCUUACAAAUUAUGGACACGCUUACGUUUGUUCGUUUAUUGCACAAUGCAUGUAUAUUUAUCGUAUGUUUUCUUUUUUUUAACAGAGGUUUGAAGUAGACGGUGAUAUUUCAUCUAUGACAUUCACCAAAGCCUGAAUGUAUUAACUUCAACAUAUUAUUUGUAUGGUUUUACUUUUAUUUCUGUUGCUUUUUCUUUCCAAAGGAAGCCUUCCACGGAUAUUUUGACUGAACUGCUGACAUACAGAGUAAUGUUUUGUGAUGAAUUUGCUCUUUAAUGCCAAAAAAAUGUUGUCACCUUUUUUAAAACGCAACAUCACAUUCAACUGCCUUUUCUUUUAAUCUUUUAUCUUUACUUUGUCCAUUGAAUUCUUUUGUGUGCAUUAAAAAGUGGCCUUCUAUAAUUUUAAAAAAUACGCCAAGUUGUAUGAUAUAACUGUUUGUUAAACUGCGCAUUAUAUUAUUAUAUCUAUUUGUUAAAUAAAACAUUUUUAAUUACUU